AUGGCACACGAUCAUCACACUCCCUAUUAUGAUAUCCAUGGUCAAUCGAAUAAUAAAGCUCCAACAAGUGGAUGGGAAAGUUUCAAACAAAAGUGGAAGAAGUUUAAUCAGUGGACUUUCGGUAAUAGAAGACUCAAGAUGUACAUUUACUCAGUCUUGAAGAUGUUUGCAAUUACCUAUGUACAAGCAAACUCUCUGAUCGGUACCAAUUCUAGUGCAAGAAAACAAUUUGAAAUUGAUUUACAAAAGGCACUCCAAAUUAUUUCAUAUUUUUACAUGGCUGUGUUAAUUCUCAUGUUCACAAUCAGAUAUAUCAGAGAAUUAAUUGCUAUCAAGAGAAAGAAACCACUCACAACAUGGGUCAACUGGCUUGAAGCUUUUGUCUUUUUAACCUAUUUCAUCUAUAGUUGUUUUACUGCCAUUCUUCAUAUUGUUUAUAUUGGAAAGAAGUAUGCUUCAGAGGUUGUUGAGAGAGAGGAGAAACCAGAAGAAUUUGCACAUGCUCAAGUUACUUUGGAACAGGAAUUGGUUGUGGAAAUUUUGGAAGUUGUUAUUCACAUGUAUAUCAUAGCAGACAAAGGUUCGCAUUUCCUUCAUAGUGGUCACAGUGUUUCAUUGUAUUUGGCUAAGGCACAACAUAUUCCAAAGAAUGCUCAUCCAGGGCAUGCUCAUGGACAUGAUGAUCAUUCUGCAGAAGUUGUUCAUCAUGACUAUACCAAACAAGAGAAGGAUGAUGAAGAUUAUGAUGAUUAUGUUGGAAAGACAACUACUCACAAUUCCUCCGAUGUAGUAACAAGUAGUAAUGAUACUAUCAAGAGGAGAAAUACUGCCAACUUUGGUCAAGAGAGACUCAUUGAUUCCAAUGAAGAUUUGUAA